AUGAAUAUGCCAUUCGAGAACAUUGUGGGUCGAGAAGUCAAAAAGAGCGUCGAGAUCGGUGGCAGUGAGGUUAGAGCCGUUCAAAAAACAUCGAACAAUGUCAGCGACUUGAAGUGUAUAUCUGAAUUGAUGAUAGUUGCCCCGUGGGAGCAGUUGUCGCGUGUCAAUAUUAAUUCGGUACAUCUAGAAGGCGGCAAUUUGUGUCUCCACAUGUUGUCCUGCUCACUGGAGGCGUAUUUGUCUUCGACUUGCUUGGCGAUGAAAUAUUUUUACGGGUCCUGUUACUCAAUCAUUGUGCAAACAUCUCUCAAUGCAGACAGACUCAUUCUUAAAAAUGGUCACACUCCACCACACUCAGCCACACCACUUACACUCAACCACACCACUUACACUCUACCACACUCCACCACACCACUCACACUCCACUACACCAAACUCCACCCCCACACUCCACAGUUAAAACACGCCACACUCUCGCUAAAUACUCAACAAAGGAAGCGUGUUUUGAAAAUUUUUUAA